CACAAACACACACAGUGACGCGGAUCUUCUGUUCAGUCACAUCUGAGCACCAGAGCUGCGGCGAGGAUGAAUGCUGCGUGCGCGCGCUGCGGGAAAACCGUCUAUCCGACCGAGAAGAUCAGCUGCCUCGACAAGAACUGGCACAAAGGCUGUUUCCACUGUGAAGUGUGUAAGAUGACGCUCAACAUGAAGAACUACAAAGGCUACGACAAGAAACCCUACUGUAAUGCUCACUAUCCCAAGACAUCGUUCACUAUCGUGACGGACACGCCGGAGAACCUGCGUCUGAAGCAGCAGAGUGAACUACAGAGUCAGGUGAGAUAUAAGCGAGACUUUGAGGAGAGUAAAGGCCGAGGCUUCAGUAUCGUCACAGACACACCGGAGCUGCAGAGACUCAGAAGAACACAGGAACACAUCAGUAACGUAUGAAACACUGAUCGCUAUACCGCGGUAAAACCGUCUGUGUGUGUGUGUGUGUGUGUGUGUGAGAGAGAGCGUCUGAGGUGCUUUGGUCUCUGAUAACAAACACACAACAUCACACUACUGUCACUGUGAAUGAAAAUGACCGGACCUUAUUCCUCAGCGACUGGAGCGACUCUGAGAUCACACUGAGACGCAGGUGAGAUGAUCUUCUGUCUUUCGCUCUGAUCAUGUUCUCAGGAUUCAUAAUAUCUCCAGAAUAACAUCCCUGAUGAAUGCUUGUUGAUCUGAUCUGUCUCUGUGUCUCCUGAGCUCUCACUCAUCGUGAGAUCUUUGACUUUGAGGUGUUUGAGGAAGCUCAUGAAACCUGCCAGACGCGCCGUGAUGUCACUGACGGAGGCGGAUGGUCUGCUCGGUCUGUCCUGUGUUUUCACUCUGUUUAUGUUUUGCUUUUCUCUUUUUGGAUUCUGAUGGUUAAAGCGUUUAGCUUUUCCUGUGAUUGUGCCUCAUCAUUCCCUCAUCCAGACUCACUGCUGUCUCACACAUGUUUGUCAAACUUAGAAAACGAGAGCGCCUCAAUCCCACAAACCGUUUUUAGCAGGCCCUUAAACGCUGCUCUAUAAUUAGAGCGAAUGAAAAGAGGA